GAAGAACGAAUGGCUGACGUUACGAACUAGACCCUGGAACCGGAACGAAACCCUUCAAGCUCACGGAUUGGCCGGCCCGGUCGUCGACUCGUCGUUUGUCUAAAGCGCCAUCUACUGUCGACAAUGAUAAUAUACACAAUCACGUGAUGGCGAUUGAAUUCAGGAAUCACACGCCAUGUUGUAAACGAAGAAAAAUUUUUAGUUUGGUGUUUUUGUUUUUUGAUCCGUUUUGGCGUUUUACGAGAAAUCAACACUUUGAUGCGGAGAGUCAACCGGCGAUUAUUUUGUUUUUUUCCACCUGGCAAACGUUAUUAUUAUCGCAAUUUUAUUGUUUGGUUGUGCGAAGUCAUAUGAUGGCGGAAUAUACGACAGUUGCCCAAGAUACCAUGAACGCUGUACAGCUUGAAAUAGGUAACAAUCAAAAUGAACUGUACUUUCGGAAGCCUUUCGAUCCGGUGGCGUACGAGUUGGAUUCUACGUUUCGUUUAACCAAGUUCGCCGACUUGAAAGGCCGCGGAUGUAAAGUACCGCAAGAAGUAUUAUCAAAAUUGCUGUUGACUCUGCAACAAUCGGAGGAAAAUGGUCAACAAGAAGAAGAGCAUUCUAAUUUCAUGCAGCUGCUUCCGCAGCCUCGAUUGGGGAUCGGCAUGGACUCUUCAGUUACACCGCUUCGUCACAAUGGCUUAUCCUUAGUACAAACCACAGACUGUAUAUACCCGAUUGUGGACGAACCGUAUAUGAUGGGAAAAAUCGCUUGUUCGAAUGUCUUGAGCGACUUGUAUGCACUGGGCGUUACCGAUUGUGAUAAUAUGUUGAUGAUUCUCGGAGUUUCCAUCAAAAUGACCGAAAAAGAACGCGACGCUGUCGUACCUCUCAUCAUGAAAGGAUUCAGAGACUGCGCCGCUGAAGCCGGAACUUUUGUAACUGGUGGCCACACCGUAGUAAAUCCAUGGUGUACAUUGGGAGGCGUCGCUACGAGCAUUUGUCAAAUAAACGAAUACAUAGAAUGUAAUAACGCUGUCGUUGGCGACGUUAUCGUAUUAACCAAACCUUUGGGCACGCAAGUCGCUGUCAACGCACAUCAGUGGUUAGAACAGCCUGAAAGGUGGAAUCGCAUCAAAUUGAUCGUUUCGGAAGAUGACGUUAAUAAAGCUUAUCACAGAGCAAUGGAUUCGAUGGCGCGUUUAAAUCGAAUCGCGGCAAGAUUGAUGCACAAAUACAACGCUCACGGCGCGACAGAUGUUACCGGUUUUGGGCUACUGGGUCACGCGCAAGCGUUGGCGAAAAACCAGAAAAAAGAAGUGUCGUUUGUGAUUCACAACUUGCCUAUCAUUGCCAAAAUGGCAUCCGUGGCUAAAGCUUGCGGAAACAUGUUCCAGUUAUUACAAGGAAGCUCGCCCGAAACUUCAGGAGGAUUGCUUAUCUGCCUGCCACGAGAGCAAGCGGCAGCUUAUUGUAAAGAUAUUGAGAAACAAGAAGGCUAUCAAGCGUGGAUUAUUGGUAUCGUGGAAAAAGGAAAUAGAACCGCUAGAAUUAUAGAUAAGCCCAGAGUAAUCGAAGUACCAACUAAAGAAAAAGAAGGAAGUUUAUGGUAAUAUUGAAGCAAAAAACGUGUUCUCGUGUGUAAUUUUUUUCUUUUCAAGAUUAUUUUAAUUUUUAUUACGAUAAUUAUCAUUACUUAUUAAUUAGUACUCUAAUUUUUAUAAAUUAUUUGCGUUUAUGUUUACGAUCUAUACUUGUACAUUGCUUCCAAUUUGAUAGCUUUUCCCCCAUUUUUUUCUUUGUUUUUUCUUUACGCCUAUUUUUUUCCCCUCAGUUUUAUUUCGACCAUUACUUUUAUUUUCGAGAAUGAUCAGAAAUGUGAAAUGAACAUGAUUAGGUGCGUUACAUCGUACGACGUAUGUAUAUGUAUUAUUAUAAUUCUGUCGUUUUUGCAAAACCGAUUCCGCGUGUUUGUUUCACGUCGAUCGGCGGUGCAAUUUUCGAAUUUUUAACUUUAUUAUAUGGUGUGUUUUGUAUAAUCAAAACGUCGUUAUUCCGAGCAGUGUUGAUGAUGUUUCUGUACUGUGUGCAACAACGUAUUUUUUACGCAUUGAUUUCAUUUCAUAAUACAUAAAUGUAUUUGUA